AACAUGGCGGCCGCGGCCAGCCCGGCGUCCCUGGAGUCGGCUCCGCGGAUCAUGCGGCUGGUGGCCGAGUGCAGCCGCUCCAGGGCGCGGGCGGGCGAGCUGCGGCUGCCGCACGGGACGGUGGCCACUCCCGUGUUCAUGCCGGUGGGCACGCAGGCCACUAUGAAGGGCAUCACCACGGAGCAGCUGGACGCCCUGGGCUGCCGGAUCUGCCUGGGCAACACCUACCACCUGGGUCUGCGGCCGGGCCCCGAGCUGAUCCAGAAAGCCCACGGCCUCCACGGCUUCAUGAAUUGGCCCCACAACCUGCUGACGGACAGCGGCGGCUUCCAGAUGGUGUCCCUGGUGUCCCUGUCCGAGGUGACGGAGGAGGGCGUCCGCUUCCGCUCGCCCUACGACGGCGAGGAGACCCUUCUGAGUCCCGAGAGGUCCGUGGAGAUCCAGAACGCGCUGGGCUCCGACAUCAUCAUGCAGCUGGACGACGUGGUGAGCAGCACCGUGACGGGCCCACGCGUGGAGGAGGCCAUGCACAGGUCAGUCCGCUGGCUGGACCGGUGCAUCGCAGCCCAUCGGCGGCCGGACAAGCAGAACCUCUUCGCCAUCAUCCAGGGCGGCCUGGACGCAGACCUCCGGGCCACCUGCCUUGAAGAGAUGACCAAGAGGGACGUCCCCGGCUUCGCCAUCGGAGGCCUGAGCGGCGGCGAGAGCAAGGAGCAGUUCUGGCGCAUGGUGGAGCUCAGCACCUCGCGGCUGCCCAAGGACAAACCCCGCUACCUGAUGGGCGUCGGCUACGCCACGGAUCUCGUGGUCUGCGUGGCUCUUGGAUGUGACAUGUUCGACUGCGUCUACCCGACCCGGACAGCGCGGUUCGGCUCCGCCCUGGUGCCCACGGGGAACUUGCAGUUGAAGAAGAAGCAGUACCAGAAGGACUUCGGCCCCAUCGACCCCGACUGCACCUGCCCCACGUGCCGGAGGCACAGCCGGGCCUUCCUGCACGCGCUGCUGCACAGCGACAACACGGCCGCGCUGCACCACCUCACGGUCCACAACGUCGCCUACCAGCUGCGGCUGAUGAGCGCGGUGCGCGCCAGCAUCGUGGAGCAGCGCUUCCCCGAGUUCGUGCGCGACUUCAUGGGCACCAUGUACGGGGACCGCACCCUCUGCCCGCCCUGGGCCACCGAAGCCCUGGCCUCCGUGGGAAUCACCUUGGGCUGACCCGGCCGCGCGGGCCAAGGGCGCUGGGCCGGGCAGAUGUUCUGAGUGGUUUUUAUUACUGUUUUUUAACUACAAUGCUAACCGUGCGUCCGUGGCUUCCUCUUCCUGGGACGGUAGGUCCCCUACCUGAUGUGGCCGUCACCACCCCUGGGUGUCCCCAGCUUCCGAGAGGUGGCCCCCAGCAGCAGCUCAAAGAGCUGGAGACCCCUUGGCCCAGCCCAGGUUGGGACCUCUUCGGUUGUUCUCCGAAUACACUGGAGGGGGCGCUGUGCGCCCGUCUUUGGACGAGGGAGGAACUGGCCCUGGGGAGAAGUGGCUUGGCCAAGGUCACCGUCCAGGAAGUGGCAGCUCCACUUGGGGGCCUAGGCCCUCUGCCUUGACCCUGUGGGCAGUGUGGCUACUCCUGGCACCGGCAGGGCUGCCCACGGGUGCUUCCGCCCCGCGCGGCACCGUGCUGCCUCCCGGGUGUCGGCGGGGGCCUUCCAGAGGUUCAUGGGGAAGGCGUGGGGUGGGGGUGGGGUCCAGAUGCCCGCACCCCGAGCUGCUGUCCCUGGUUGCAGUCCCGGCUUUGCACGCUGGGAGGCCGUGGUGAGGCUGAAGCUCUUGGGGCCACCCAUGCCACCCACAUGGCCACGGGGGUUGAGUUCCAAGCUCCCCGCGCGGGGCUCGCCCAGCCGUGGCUGCUGUGGGCAAGUGACUCAGUGGAUGGAAGACCUCUCUGACUGUCUCUCCCAACUGCCUUUCAAAUGGAUUAAAAUAUUUUUUAAAGUGAAUUUUGAAAAAAGUGUACCUUUCAAAACAUCUUGUGUCCAAAUAAACCGAAGUCGUCAUUG